AUGUCACAAGAGACUGUGAAUGAGGAGAGGCCUCCAGAUGAGGCAAUUGACAUCGAAAAUGACAGCACCAGCGACAGUGCCUGUGUAGUUCUCAUGGACCACUGCUACCUGAAUUCGUCGCACGAGACCCCACGGUGUGAAGUCACUGUGGCAGGGCUGACAAACUCCGAUGCCGAGUUCUACACCGGGCUGCAAAAGAAUGUUCUCCUUGGACUAAUCAAAGCAGUCGAAAAAUAUCACACAAGGUUUUUUUGGACUCCAGUGCCUGAGCAGGUGCUGCUAUGUUUGAUGAGGCUGCGACUGGGGUUGCUCUAUGGAGAUUUGGCACGACGAUUCGACAUCAUCGUCACAAGGGCGGCAGAACUGUUUAAGUACAUUAUUAGUUUGCUCGUUCGCGUCAUGAAGUAUGUUGUUGUCUGGUUGCCGAGGUCACGAAUAGCAAGUAGCAUGCCUCAAGUGUUUGUGGACACAGGUUAUGGGGGUACAACCUGUAUCCUGGACUGUACUGAAGUGAUGCUACAGCGGCCAAGAAAGCUGAUGCCAAGGGCACAGACUUAUAGUGCAUACAAAGCGCACAAUACUGUGAAGUUUUUGGUAGCUAUAGCACCAAAUGGAUACAUCAUGUUUGUCUCACGUGGCUACGGCGGAAGAGCAUCUGAUAAAUACAUCAUGCACAGCUCAGGACUCAGCAGCAUCCUCCAACCGGGAGACGAAGCGAUGGCCGACCGUGGCUUCCCACAAGACCCAGAGCUUGCAGCACGUGGAGUAAAGUACAACGUCCCAGCAUUCACAAAAGGGCUGUGCAACCUGAAGCCUGUACUUAUCAAGGAAAAGUAA